CAGUAUUAACAUUUUAUUUUUGGUGCUACAUGAGCUUUGUAUUUUUGCUGUUGAUUUGAUCUGUGGGUUUUUGCUAUUCGCUCAGUAUGCUUCACAUGCAGAUUUUUGUGGUUAAUAAAACAAUUGUGAAAACAGCAGCUUAAGUGAUUCUUCUUUGUGAUUCAUGUCGUUUUUGGUUGUUAGGUUGGCGAACUGUGUGAAGCGUGUAGGAGGUUUAACGCCACAAAAGGAACUAUGUGACUAACAGUAACACUGAGGCAUAUUUAACACUGAGUAGAGUUUUGAUUUGACUAGUUUAGUCUUACGGUCAGGGUCUACAAGCUGUGUGUUUGACAAAUGCACAGGUCAACGUGUAAACGUACGCUCACAUGUUCCACUGACAUGUUGUCUAGACCCCGCUUCACCACAGAGCAUUCAGCGCUGCAGUGGCUAUUAUAAGACCACGUGAUUCCUCUGAACUAAAAAGCGUACCCCUCACUUAGCCCACAACGGAUGAGUGUAUGUUUUAUUGGUAGCGCAUAACGGUAAAGCCCACCCCCAAGCUAAGGUAUUUUUCCUACAUACAGUCCUUUUCACACAUCACUCACAAAUGCCUGCUGGAUGAAACACAAUAGCUCAAGGACAGAACAGCAUCCAUUCAUCCACCUCAUCUCAAUCCAUUUUACAGGAAUGUGGGCCGGCCUUGUUAUUUACCUCUUUCUGCCCAUCGUGCAGUCAUGCACUCAAGGUAAACCCAAUGAAUGUGCAGAAGCAAGCUUCGCCCCCGGGUCCAACCUGGCCGGAGAAGGAUACGAUGUGACCAAGAUGCAGCGCAAGGGAGCCUUUGUCAUUAACACGGACGUCUGGAGGCGAAAGGAUAAAUCGUGCACUCUUUGCAAGAACCCCUACAUGGAAGGAGCACAUCAAAAGCUUCCCACAUCAGUGAUAGACUGGAGAUCCAGCAAAAAGUGCAGCAUUCAAAUAUCAAGUUCCCUGUACCAGUCCAGCGAAGAACUGGUCAGCGCCAGCACUUCCUCCAUUGAAAACAACUGGGGUGCAAAUUUGGAUAUAGAUGUUAAAGAAAAUAAAGGCUCAUUCAUUUUGGCAGGAACUAACUCGAAGCUGGCUGAGUACUCAAUGGAGAAGACCAAACGAGACAAGUACAAUUUCGCCAGUCAAAGCAUUUCUUGCUCAUUUUACAGCUAUAGGGUCUCCAGCAAGCCUGUCCUCCAUCCUGAGUUCAAGCGUUCUUUGAAGGAGCUUCCCAAGAUGUACAAUCUUGAUUACAAAAAGCGUUUUUACAAGUUCAUUAACACUUAUGGAACCCAUUACAUCACUAAGGUAAAUCUUGGUGGAAGCGUGCACUCUGUGACCAGUAUCAGACAGUGUGAGAUCGCUCUGCAGGGCUUAAGUGCAGAUGAAGUGAAGAAAUGCUUGGACGUGGAGGCAAGCGCCAACGUUCUUGGCAAAGUCAAUAUGAAAGCAGAAAACAAGCACUGUAAUGAAGACAAGGACAAAACCGAGAGCAAAAACAGCUUCUCCAACCGCUUUAGUGACAGGCUGACCGAGGUGAUCGGAGGUCACACAACAGAGCCUGAGCUCCUUUUCUCUGGAGGAAAAGACCCAUCAGCUUACAAAGAAUGGCUGGAGUCCCUACCACAAAACCCAGACGUGAUUUCUUACUCUCUGGAGUCCCUGCACGAGCUGAUCCCCACCAAAAAUCCAGUACGCAAGCACCUGCGCCAAGCCAUCCAUGACUACAUCCUGGAAAAGUCCCUCUGGAGGAACUGCACCGACUCUUGCAAAGCCGGCGUCAAAACCAACCCAAACAACCCAUGUGUCUGCACCUGUCGCAACAAUCCUGGGAUCACACCAGACUGCUGCCCAUCCAAGCGUGGACUUUCUCGGGUACAGAUCACGGUCGUGAGGGCUGAAGGCCUGUGGGGCGACCAAACCACAGCGACCGACGGGUACGUUAAAGUGUUCAACAAACAUAACAUUCAAGUCGGACGCACUGAUAUGAUCACAAAUAACAACUCACCCUACUGGGGGAGAACCUUCGAUCUGGGUGACGUUUUCCUGGCAGAGAACGAAAAGAUGAAACUGGAGGUGUGGGAUGAAGAUAGUAAAUGGGAUGAUGAUUUGCUGGGAACCUGUGAAGUACCUAUAAAAGCAGGUCGGAAUGAAAAUUUCUGUAAUUUAAAUCACGGUCUGCUGUUCUACAAAACAGAAGUGACAUGCGCCCCAAGUUUGUCUGGCCCCUAUUGCGCAAACUAUGUCGGUUCUCCCAUGAACUUUCACCUGGAGAAGGCAUACACAUCGAGAAAUGCAAGACCUGUCCCGGCAGAAAUACUCAUGAGCAAGGGAGUACUUCUGGACAGGCUUUAUGUAUAUCAAAAAGCAAAUUACAGUGCUAAAACUAUUUUGUAGUAAGUUUUGGCUUUGGAUCUGAUUAUGCGACUAUUCGAAAUAUAACUUGAUUCUUGCUUUAUUUAUCACUGUUAGAGAGACAUAAUAUAUUCUUUGGUAUUUCUCAACUUUAGAGACAAUGCACAAUACAUAUUUAUUAUCAGCUGUCUUAUUGUAAGGUUUGCUAUGCUUGCACUGGCAAUUUUUUAAAAACACAUCAUAUACAGUCAAAUUAAAAAAUAUUCAGACACCUUCAACAUUGCUCACAUACCCACAGUUUAUUGGCUACAGUUCAGAAAAUGGUACUAAAAUAUGACAAGAACUCAAAAGUUAAACUGUGUCAGAACAAAUUCGUCUUGAUAAUGUCAGAUAACUUUGAAGGUAUGUAAUGGAUUACAAUCAAUCAAAAAUUAUUUAGACAACUGUUAGUAUGACAAUAUUUUUAUACAGCUACCAAUACUUUGUUGACCAAUGGCAAAACAUGGUCAGGUCAAAGUGUCUUUUUGAUCACAGUUUUUUAUCAAUUUUAAUUUUUUACAUUUUUGGGUAUAAUAUGUCACAAUUCACUUUAUUUUGCUAUUCUCACUUACAUAAAUUAACUAUAAUGUCCUGAUCAAAAAAUGAUAUCCGGUGUCUGAAUAAUUUUUGGUUUGACUGUACAUUGUAACAGUCUACGAAAUACAUUAUUUAAAAUUAUUUUUGUUUACUAUAAGUAGCAUAAUUUCAUAAUUUUCACGUCAUUAUAUUUUAUUUAAUUUAGGGCGGUCAAACGAUUAAUCGUGAUUAAUCGCAUAGAAAAUAAAAGUUUGAGUUUGCCUAAUAUAUGUGUGUGUACUGUGUGUAAUUAUUAUGUAUAUGUAAAUACAAACACAUUCAUUUAUAUAUUUAAAAAAUAUUUACAAGUAUA